CGCUCCAACGCUCGCCACGCCACGCCACGCCACGCCACGCCCUUUCCGUGGCGAGCCUACAAUUUGUUAAUUGCUGCCACUCGCUCCCGACUCCAAAUCUCCAACCUAAUGGAUCAUUGACAGCGUCGCCCCCACCUCUCCGGCUGCUGCACGAUUUGCUGCCUCGAGACAUGGCCGCCUGUUCCUUCCACCAACACCUCCAAACCCUACCCGCCUGGCUCCUCCUCCUAGCCGGCGCCGGCCUCUUCGCCCUCCUCAGGAUCUCCCUCCUCCUCCUUCGCUGGAUCUUCGUCACCUUCCUCCGCCCCGGAAAGAGCCUCCGCCACUACGGCUCCUGGGCCGUCGUAACUGGCUCCACCGAUGGGAUCGGCAAGGCCUUUGCGCUCCAGUUCGCCCGCAAGGGCCUCAGCCUCGUCCUCGUCGGCCGCAGCCCUGACAAGCUCCGCGACGUCUCCGAUGCCGUCCGAUCCAGGAACCCCGCCGUCCGCGUCGAGACUGUGGUCGUCGACCUCGCUGGCGACCUCUCCGAGGGCGUCUCCCGUCUCCGGGAGGUCAUCCAAGGGCUCGACGUCGGUAUCCUCGUCAACAACGCUGGCGUCUCCUACCCCUACGCGAGGUUCUUCCACGAAGUGGAUCAGGAGCUGCUGAGGAACCUGAUUCAGGUGAACGUGGAGGGAGUGACCCAGAUCACGCAGGCCGUGCUUCCGGGGAUGCUGGAAAGGAAAAGGGGCGCAAUAGUCAACAUCGGCUCCGGCUCUGCCAUCGUCAUCCCUUCUGAUCCGCUCUACUCCGUUUAUGCAGCUACAAAAGCGUACAUUGAUCAAUUCUCAAGAUGCCUCUACGUUGAAUACAAAGGCAAGGGAAUAGAUGUGCAAUGCCAGGUGCCCUUGUAUGUGGCCACCAAGAUGGCAUCCAUCAGGAGAUCUUCCUUCCUUGUUCCAUCAGCAGACACUUAUGCUCUGGCAGCUCUUCGAUGGAUUGGCUAUGAGCCAAGAUGCACACCUUACUGGCCCCAUUCACUCAUAUGGUGUCUGCUUUCACUCUUACCUGAGUCCAUCAUUGACCAAUGGCGCUUGCGCUUCUGCAUGAAUAUUCGCAAGAGGGGGCAGCUCAAGGAUGGCAAGAAGAAAGACCAGUAGUGCCUUUAAUCAAAAUGUUAGCCAUCUGUUCAACUUCUCCAGUAUGCGAUCCUGACCUCUACUCUAGAAGGUGUAGGAUGUUUCUUGCCAUUUGAAUUUGUCUGACUUUGCCUCUCAAUUUCGAUUUAUUUUAUACUCCAACUCCUGUAUCUCCUUUUGCUGCAAACAAGGUGACACGGUAUGCUUAAAAUAACACCCAGUUCAAUUA